AUGACCAAAUACUCUGCUUUCUCCGUCAUGAACGAUUCAAGUUCUAGCAUAGGGUCGCAAUCCCCAGUGAUCAUCUCGCCAAAUCUGCAAACCCCCCCAACCGACAAUAUCGAAUACUAUAAGCCACGUCAGCUUUGCCAGGAAGGAGUGUGUAACGGCGAUGCCACGACCGCGCUGUCUGAUGGCAUUGGAAUCGCCAGGAGCCCGAGUGAGGCUUUGAUUGCUAUUACAGGAAUGGCCAUGCGACUUCCCGGGGGUAUUCGAACUGCAGAAGACUUUUGGAGCUUGUUGAUUGACGGGAAAGACGGACAUGGCAAGGUACCAAGCUCACGAUACAACAUAAGCGCAUACCAGAGCCAGUCAAAACCCCAUGCGGUGCGGGCCGAAGGUGGUUAUUUCCUACAUGAUAAUAUCGCGAGAUUUGAUACGGGGUUCUUUGAUGUACGACCCCAACUUGCUGCUUCACUGGAUCCUCAACAAAGGCUUCUAACCGAGGUGGUAUGGGAGUGCUUCGAGAACGCCGGGGAGGCGAGCACUGCCGGCAAAAGAAUUGGAUGUUUUGUUGGAGUUUUUGGGAAUGAUUGGCAGGAGCUUGCACUCCGAGACCAGCAGGACUUUGAUCGCAAUCUUGUGGGCUCCACUCAUGACUUUGUCCUGGCAAACCAAGUCUCGCAGGUAUUUGACUUGAUGGGCCCUAGUCUUACGAUCAGAACCGCUUGCUCAUCUUCAAUGACCGCAUUACACAUGGCCUGUGAAGCCAUCAAAGCAGGCGAGUGCGAUUCUGCGGUUGUUGCCGGUACAAAUUUGAUUUUGACACCCACUACCUCUACAACAAUGUCCGACUACAAGGCCCUAUCACCAAGCGGGAUAUGCAAGACAUUCGAUGCGGAUGCAGAUGGCUAUGGGAGGGGUGAAGCCAUCAACGCCGUCUUUAUCAAGAACCUGGAUGACGCAUUACAAAGAAGCGAUCCAGUUCGAGCUGUGAUCCGAGCCACUGCGAUCAACUCGGAUGGUAAGGUAGCCAGGACCGGAGAACCUCGCGCAGAAGGACAGGAACAAGUCAUCAGAUCUGCCUACGCAAAGGCUGGUAUAGAUGAUCUCUCCAAGACCGGAUUUUUUGAAUGCCACGGAACAGGGACCCAGAAGGGAGAUGUGAUCGAAACUUCAGUUGUCGCAAGUGUCUUCACAGAUGGCAUCAUUAUAGGAUCGGUCAAGCCGAAUCUUGGUCAUUCAGAGGGCGCUUCAGGCCUUACAAGUCUGAUCAAGGCUGUGCUUUCCCUUGAGCACCGAAUUAUCCCGCCCAAUGUUCAUUUCCGCAAUCCUAACCCCAAGAUUCUUUUUGAAACUUCGAAGUUAAGAGUUCCUAUCGAGCCAACUGCCUGGCCCGUCGACAAAUCAGAACGAGUCAGCAUCAAUUGCUUCGGAGUGGGUGGCUCCAAUGCUCAUGCAAUCAUUGAUUCGGCAAGAACAUUCACAGAAACCAAACCCGAAGUGGACUACACUCGCCGGCGUGGGCGGCAUCAGCUCUUUGUGAUCUCGGCCAAAUCAGAGGAAUCCUUGAGUCAUCGUAGAACACAAAUUCUUCAAUAUCUAGAGAGCCAUCCAGAAUCAAUGCAGGACCUGGCUCAUACACUUGGGCAACGAAGGGCAUUUUUGCGCAAUCGGAGCUUCAUGAUCACUGAUGGUACAUCUGUGACGUCCGGAGGCAAUCUGGAUUUAUCUCAAGCAUCCAAUAUUGAAGCUUUGACUUUAUUAUUCUCGGGUCAAGGAGCCCAGUGGUCAGGAAUGGGCAAAGAUUUGAUCACGCGCAGUGAAACCUUUCGGAGUGACAUGAGGAAGAUGGACAGCGUCUUGCAGUCACUGAAAGACGCUCCCCACUGGAGCAUUGAAGGUAUGGAAUCAGCUUUUCCCGGUUUCAUUGUUGUAUCUCUCUUACCGACUCGAAUGUUCACAGAUGUCCUGUCUCACCCGGAUUGUCCUUAUCUAGAUGAUGCUGAGUUUGCCCAGCCAUUAUGUACAGCACUUCAGAUUGGGUUGGUCAACCUGCUCAGGAACUGGGGAAUUCAACCAGAAUCAGUGGCCGGCCAUUCUAGCGGAGAAAUUGCCGCCGCAUAUGCAGCAGGCGCAAUUUCAAUGGACGUGGCUAUCAUACUCAGCUAUUAUCGUGGUAAAGCGACGAAGAUGCAGACGGGCCCAGGAAUGAUGGCCUCUGUCAGCCUAGGCAAAUUUGAUGUCGAUCCAUAUCUCCAAAAAGGCGUUGUCGUGGCUUGCGAAAAUAGCCCUCGAAGUGUGACUCUCUCUGGUUUACGAGAUGUGUUGGGUCGGAUCCUCGACCGAAUAACCUCUGAUCAUCCAGACGUUGUCUGCAAGUCUUUGUCACUUAACGUUGCGUAUCACUCAGAGCUUAUUACGGAAGCCGCAACCGAAUAUUUGCAACUUGUUGAGCCUCGCGUCAGCUCGAACGCUUCCAUGAUCCCAAUGUUCUCCUGCAUUUCUGGGCAACAAAUAUCUUCACCCGCAGAUCUCGAUGCUGCGUACUGGCGUCGCACAAUGGAUUCACCGGUCAAAUUUAACGAAUCUAUCAACAACCUCAUUGAAAAUAGUGACAAGACCAGGUUAUUCGUUGAAGUCGGCCCACAGUCCGUUCUGCUUAGCCCUAUAAAGCAGAUUCACGAAGCUUCCAAGGCUCAGUCAAAGAUGGUGUAUGUUCCCACCCUGCUGAAAGACCAGAACUCGAUGGAUUGUGUUCUGCGGACGGCAGGCGAGCUAUACCUGCACGGUUUCACGCUGGAUAUGGCAGCUAUAAAUGGCAAUGGCAAAGUUCUGACCGAUCUUCCCCCCUACCCAUGGCAGCAUGAGAAGCAACUUUGGUAUGAGUCCCGCAUUGCUCGCAACUGGAGAACAUCCAAGUUUGCACACCAUGAGCUUUUAGGACAUCGUUCUCCAGAGUCAUCAGAUCUUGAGCCCUUGUGGAGAAACAGGUUGCAGCUCAAGUCCGUUCCUUGGCUUCUGGACCACAAAGUCAACUCCGAUAUCGUGUACCCUUGCGUCGGGUAUAUUUCAAUGAUAGGCGAAGCAAUUCGUCAAAUAACUGGAUCAAAAUGCUUCUCAAUCAAGCGGCUCUUUAUGAGCACCCCCAUGGUGUUGUAUGAAAAUUCCACCACGGAGAUUAUCACAAAUUUACGCCCUGCAAGAUUGACAGACAGCACCAGAUCAAGCUGGUAUGACAUCACUAUUUCUGCGUAUGAUGGCAAGCAAUGGUCAACACAUUGUACUGGGCAAGUCAGAGGAGAGAACGAAGAUCAUCAAAGUGUCUUCAAUUCCAGUUCUCAAGCCUUUGCACGUCAAGUCGAUACCGAUAUGUGGUACGAAACAACGCGAAACGCGGGUCUAGAAUUCGGUCCUAGUUUCCGCAAGCUCACAGCGAUCACUGCUGAUCCUAUCAGCUACUACGCUUCUGCUACUGUUGCUCAAAGCGAAUUGAAAGAACAGACUGAUCGAGAUGGCAUCGACCCUAUGAUCAUUGAUCAAGGUCUGCAGCUUCUUGUUAUUGCUGCAUGCAAUGGACUUUCGCGGCGCAUGUCUAGACUCGGUGUUCCCAUGUCAAUUGAUUAUAUAUAUGUCUCUGAUGCGCAGGAAAUGACAGGAUCCGAAACCGGGAUUGCCCUUCGGGCUGAAUUCCCAGCCUGUAAAAACGGCACAUUGAAAACUUCACUGGGGGGAUGUGUGUCUGGAAGUUUGGAUGAAAAUCUUUCGUUCAAUCUCAAAGGAGUCAAGUUUUUCCCAUUACACCAAUCUAGGAUGUCUACGGAGAUCCCAUUGGCAUCAAGACUUGAGUGGAAGCCCGACAUCGAUUUCUUGCCAGCCAAAGAAUAUCUGUUGAAGUCUAUACCAGAGGACCCUUCCAUGGCAUUGCUCACAAAGCUCUUGGUCAUUGCUGUCAUUGAGCUCUUUGAUCAGAUGGGCUUUAGGCCGUCGACCUUUUCUUCUGCCGCAGAAUAUCAAGACUGGACAACCUUCAACCUUGGUCGGCUUCAUAAUAUCCUAGAGUCGUACUUCCCAGGUGCCUUCGAUUGGAACCAGGACCCAAUAUCUCUCCAGUCCAUGCUGAUCAAAGAUGUAUCUGCAGUAGUCGAAUCCACUGAGCCCUGGGUUCUGCCUGUUCGUGAUUAUGUCACAAAGAUAUUGGACGCGAUCGACAGCCAAGUUCCAAUUUCGGAUCUUUUGAUGGACAAUAGGGGCUUAAGAUCCCUGUUCGAGUUUGCAGCUACCAAUGUGAAUCAUGGACAGAUGCUUUCUUUGCUGGGACAUUCCAAUCCAUCGCUAGCGGUCCUCGAGGUAAACCCCAGUACUUCAGGCACCACUUCGGGUGCACUGGCCGUUUUACAAUCUGUUGAUGGAGUCCGAUUAUUCUCAAAAUAUACCGUGGCUUCAGACUCCACUGAUAUUAGAACAGAGGCUUUGGACAGAUUCGGGCAAAUAGAAGGAUUUUCCUCUGUUGCUCUGAACCCCAAAGUCGCCAUAGGAGCACACGACUUUGCCUCUAAGAGCUAUGAUUUGGUUAUCCUUCCAAAUGACCUCCCAUCGGUCUAUGAAGUGACUCCUUUCUUAGCCGAGAUGAAGACUUUACUUGCACCCGGUGGUCGUCUUUUCAUUCGCGAGCUGAUCCCGCCCGUUCCAUUCAUAGAGUUUUUGAUGGGCAUGAUCCCGGCUCAAAUAUCUAUUAGCAGCGAGCUUCAGUUGCAGAACUCUUUCUCUUCAGAGUUCUGGACAUCUGAACUUGAUGAGGCGGGGUUCCUCCCACCAGAGUUCGACUCUUUCAAUCUAACCAUUUACCCUUGGACACUUGAACAAGGGAUAAUCUCCAAGGCUCCUCACCCUGAACUCGAAAGGCAUGAUGUUUUCCUUCUUGGUCCAGUACAGAGUCAUCCAUGGAGUGAGAGUGUGAGACACCACUUGAUUGAACGAGGAUACAAUGUCGUUGAUGCCACACUUCAAGAGCUUCCAUCCGGUGAAGGAGACAUCAUCUCUGUGCUGGACAUACCGACACCGAUCUUGGGCAAUUUCUCGAAGGAGAAACACGAUGCACUAAUAAAGCUUUGCUUGCAAGGAAGGCGAAUAAUCUGGGCUACCAAAGCUUCGCAGAUGAAAUGUGACAAUCCGUCGUUUGGUCUAAUAAAUGGGUUCGCAAGAACUAUUCGACAAGAAACCAUGUCAGAGUUUGGCACCAUUGAAAUUGAUAAUUUUGAUCAAGAUGCUGCAAGAGCUCUAGUCAAAGUAUACGAGAAAUUCUGUCGACAGUCGCUAGCCCACAGUUGGGCACCAGAAUGUGAAUUUGCCUUGCUCGACAAAGUUGUCUAUAUCGGCCGUUUUCACUGGGUGCCGCUCGAGAAAAUUUAUCCGCCUGCCCCAGAGGACUGUCAUAUAGCCCUGGAGGCUGGUGCGCCGGGCAUUGGGAGCCUGCAGACAUGGAAAGAGCAGCCCGAUCUUUCACUGGGCGAGAAAGAUGUGGAAGUGGAUAUGAGUUACGUCGCCGUCAAUUUUAGGGACAUCAUGGUGGCGAUGGGUAUUAUUGAUCGAGAGCAUGGCUUGGGUCUGGAAGGAAGUGGAAUCAUUCACCGCAUUGGAUCUGGUAUUACACAUCUAAGACCAGGCCAACGAGUCAGCAUUCUCGGCACAGGACUUUUGGCUACUCGAGUUGUUGUGCCCAGUGAUGUCUGCUUCCCUCUAUCAGAUGAAAUGUCUCUGGAGGAUGCGGCUACGAUCCCGGUAGCGUAUCGAACUGCCAUAUACUCACUCCUUACAGUAGGGCAACUGGAGCGUGGACAGUCUGUUCUAAUUCACUCGGCAUGCGGUGCAGUUGGCCAGGCAGCGAUUCGCAUUGCACAGACCAUGAAGGCCAAAAUCUAUGCCACAGUUGGCACGGAACAGAAGGUUCAAUAUCUCCAGCAAACAUUUAAUAUUCCCCGAGAAAACAUUUACCAGUCUCGUAAUGCUUCAUUUGUUGAUGGAAUCAGAUCUGCAACAGGCGGACAGGGCGUUGACAUCGUGCUCAACUCUUUAUCCGAGAGUUUGCUACAUGCUUCUUGGAGCUGCGUUGCUAAAUUUGGAAAAAUGAUUGAGCUUGGAAAACGCGACUUCAUGGGCCACGGAAUGUUGGAUAUGGAGACUUUUGGAGCGAACCGAUCAUUCAUUGGUGUGGAUCUGCUACAAAUUGGGUUGGAGAGCCCGAGCCGAAGCCGAAGAUUGACUGAGCUGUUUACCCGGCUUUAUCAGAGGGGAAAAAUCAAACCAAUCCAGCCAAUCAAAUUCUUCACCUCAGCAGAGAUUCCGGAAGCCCUCGCAUAUAUGCAACGUGGAACACACAUUGGGAAGAUUUUAAUCAGAAUGACCGAUGAUAAGACCACACUCAGUUUGAGUAAGAAGAUUAAUGUUGCUCCUCUAACCUCCUUCAAGUGCGAAGCUGCGUACCUGCUGGUGGGAGGUCUCGGAGGAAUUGGUCGGGCUGUGUCGAAUUGGAUGGUUGAAAAUGGUGCCAGACAUCUCAUUUACCUCUCACGAUCCGGAAGAUCACAAAGUAACAACGCAUUUAUUGAAGAGCUUCAGGCACAGGGCUGUCAACCAGUGAUAGUUAAUGGGAGCGUGUCAAAUCCCGGAGAUGUGGAAAGAGCAAUUGCUGCCAGCCCCAAACCUAUUUCUGGAGUAAUUAAUCUAGGCAUGGUGCAAAAGCCGUCAGCUCUCUCCGAGUCUAACUAUCAAGAUUGGUCUGAUGUUCAGGAUCCGAAGGUGAAAGGGUCUUGGAAUUUACAUCAGGCAUUUAGUCUGGCAGCGCUUGACUUUUUCGUUGUUUUGAGCUCAAUCACAUCUAUAUGCGGCAGCAUCGGACAAGCGAGCUAUGCGUCUGCAAACUCCUACCUCGACGCACUAAUAAAAUACCGUCGAUCUCUGGGGCUUCCUGGCGCAACCCUCAACCUAGGCGGGGUUAGAGACAUUGGCUGCUUUGCACGAGAGCCAGAAUGGAUGACAGCAGCCGACUUAUGGGAACUAAAUCUUCUAAACGAGGAGCAGGUCAUUCAAUCAGUGGAAGCAGCCAUCCGUGUAUCUCAGACCUCUUAUGGUUUGCAUGGCGUCGCUGCAACUGGUCAAAUCAUCACAGGAAUGAGUACGAGUCGUACGCAAACAGAUCCUGCAGCACGCAUCCCGUGGAGAGAUGCGAGAUAUCGUCUCUACGCAAAUAUCGGAGAAACAAAGAACGAUGUACAGCAGGAACGAAUUGCUGAUAAGCUCAAGGGCUUUCUUCAAAAGGCUCAGCAGACCCCGACUCUUUUGAAGGAGCCAGAAGGGUGGAAUUUAGUUGUUGAGUACAUGGGGCUUCAUAUGAAUGAGAAGGCAGGGACGGAUGCAGAGCGAGCUCAGUUUGCCACAGUGUCCAUCGAUUCCAUUCUACUAAUUGAAACUGUCGGCCAUCUGCGUCGGAGUCUGGACCUUGACCUAACUUUAGCAAGCCUUGCUGGCGCAACUACUGUGGGUGAUUUGAGUCGACUUAUAUUGGAGCGGUUCUACGAGAAACUGACCACGGAUGAAAAAUGA